AAUGAGUCUUCUACGACAUGCUCAAUUCGUCAGCCGUACAAUUUUUGUACAGAACAACGACGUGGACAAGGCAUGUCGCAUAUUAAAUCGCAUAUUAUCCAAAGAGGACAUAUUUGGCCAAUACAGACGUACCAGGUACUACGAGAAACCGACCUACGUCAGACGCAGGGUCAAUUUUGAAAAGUGUAAAGCGAUUUACAACGAGGACAUGGACAGGAAGAUCACGUUUCUUCUACGAAAAAAUAGAGUGGACCCUUUUCCUGGUGCAUCGUAAGAUUAUAAAUUUUAGUUUCAAUUGUACAGUUGCAAAGUUAUCCACAAGCUUAUCCACAUGAUUUAUUUAUGAGUGUCGGUAUCAACACACAGAAAAAUAUAGAAAAUAUGCUAUCGCAA